UCUGGAUCUGCCGCGGAGAGAUGAGGAUCCUGCAGCUUUUGAAACCUCCCGCUUCGCUGCCCCUCCUCUUUGAAGCGUCGAUGCGCCUGUCAAGCCCUGCACUCAUGCCGAAGUCUACGCCAUCAAUGCAGCUGCCAGCACCUACAAGCUGCCCAGCGGCCAUCAGAAGGCCGCCAUCUGGCGGACACACAAGCGCCCCUGCAACUGCUACAACCGACGAGAGCGUCCGAGGCGAAUCAGGCGAGUCGUCUGUAGUGCCGCUGGAUGUGCGUCGCAACCGGGGCGGCAAGAUGAAGAACAAACUGCGCAGGAUGGAGAGGCGGAGAAGGAAGCAGCAGAUGGAGCAGCUGAGGAAGGACAAGAAGGAGGACUUCGUGCCGGAGAUCUACCUCGUGGACAAGGGCAAGAAGCCAGAGAAGAUCCCGCCAACGGGCUACGUGCUGCCAAGGGGGCUGCGCUUCAGCUGAUAAUAGUAGUAGCUAUGGUGGUGAUGAUGACAGGGGCACGGCGGUGAUUCUCUGCUUUGAGAUGAGAUGAUGAGUGUUUCCACUGUUUUUCCGUCUGCGUCGCGAAUGGCGUGGCAGAUUGCUUCAAUCGGAGAAAGGCCGACUGUGUGUCUGUAUUAGCUAUCGUGUUGCGAGUGUCGCUGUGACCGACUGAUAUGCUUCCGUGCGUCUGUACCGGCCUCUCUACACACCCAUUAAUCGUUCACAACACACUGUGAUGAAUGCCAGAAUCGCCCUGCCUGUCUUGCUGCAGCUAAAGAUGCAGUGUCAUUAUCAAAGAGCACAAGUGACACGGCGAAAUAGUCACUUGGAUGUGCCUGCUGCUCAUUCAGACCCGCCAAAGAGCACCGCACCAUCCAUUCCUACAUCUGCCGCACACGUCCAUUCAUUCCACCCACUGCAUCCACCUUCUUUGCAGACACU